AUGAAAGCUCCUUCUGUAGUUGGAACAUCAAAAUUUAGUUAAUAUAGUUCUAAACUGAAUAGAUUGGGCUCAAGAGACAUAUCUGGUAAUGUAAUAAAAUUAAUCAUAAGAUAUUCCAACAACAUAAUUAUAGAAACAGAAUCAAAGAAACACAUUGAUUUACAUAGAAUUGCAAUUCAAAAUUCACACAGAAAAUAGUUUUAAGAUUAGUAUGAAGAUUAGCCUAUUUAAACAGAAGGACCGAAAUAGCAAGAUUGUAUAAUUCAACAAGAUAAAUUCGUAUUCCUGAAAACUUGCCAUCCUUGUCUUAAUCUAGUAAAUAAGCAUCUACUCCGACUAAUAGAAACAAGAAGAUACCUUGAGUGCUAUUUUCAUUAAAAAUGAUGUUUAUUUCAUAAUUAUAAUUGUUUUAUGUCAUUCAUAGGCAAAUUAGGAUAAGGUCAAAAAAAUAGGAGUUACAAGUAUUCACAAUUUAGGUGAAUUGCCAAAAGAUUUUGCUGAAUAGAUAUUGAAGAAUGAUAUAACAUUAAUGAAGAGUAAAUAUUAAGAUAGUAUGGCAUUGAAUAAUCUCAUCAAAUUGUAUAUGGUAUCAAUAAUCAUAUGAAACGAUCAGAAAGGAGUUGAGAAUUACGAAUCUCAGAAGGACUAAAAGAGUGAGUAUUUCAAAAGUAAGUUAAAUUAGUUAAUGAGUCAUCCAAUUAUCAUAUCUCCAAAAAAAAAAAUAGAUGAGCAACCAGAAAAAGAGUAAACAAAAAAAUUGAUUUCAACAUUCAUACUAAAUUUGAUUAGAUUUAGCAUUAUGAAGAUGUAACUUCAUUUGAGGCUUUCCAAGAAAAGCCAGAAAAAGAAAUUUCAUUGCAUAAAGCCAUAAUGCCUAUCUAAAAUACCGAAGUAAAGUAGAUGAUUGAUAAUCUAAAGAUGGAAACAACUAAAAUACAUUAAGUAAUAAAUCUAUUUUAACUAGAUUAUUUAAAAUGAUCUUGAUUCACAAAAAACUAAAAUUGCAGAUAGAAUACACAAGAGAAGUAAAAGUUUUGUAAAUAAGAUCAAAAAUGAUCAAGAUGAAUGUAAAUUUUGA